CCACUGGACCCUCCAUUCAGUGUCCUCCACCCCCCUCUGUCAUUCCCUCCACUGGCCUCCAUUCAGUGUCCUCCCACCCCCUUUGUCAUUUCCCUCCACUUGGCCUCCAUUCAGUGUCCUCCACCCCUCUCUGUCAUUCCCUCCGCUGGCCUCCAUUCACUGUCCUCCACCCCCCUCUGUCAUUCCCUCCGCUGGCCUCCAGUCACUGGCCUCCAUUCAGUGUCCUCCACCCCUCUCUGUCAUUCCCUCCACUGGCCUCCAUUCAGUGUCCUCCCCCCCUCUCUGUCAUUCCCUCCACUGGCCUCCACUCAGUGUCCUUCCACCCCCCUCUGUCAU